AUGCCGAACUACGAGGGGAAAUGUGUCUGCGGCAAUCUUCGAUACACCGUUUCAUUAUCCACUCUUGACCAAGCCCGGACUUCUCUUUGCCACUGUCAUAGUUGCCGGAGAGUAUUUGGGACGAAUUUCGGAUUAACUACCAAGGUCCCGAUCGAUGGUUUUGAGUACAGUCAUGGAAAACCAAAGUUAUUCAAGCAAGGCAACGGCGUAACACGAGAAUUUUGUGACACUUGUGGUGUGUUCAUCUGCGAGUAUGGUGAGCAAGCGGCGGACAAGUUCCGUUACAUCAUGUGGGGGACGUUCGAUGAGCCGGAAAAAUUCCCUGCAAAAGGAGAAUUCUUUUGUAAAUAUCGCACAGGGUGGAUGCCUGAGGUGCCAGGUUUGUUCCAAAAGAACGAGAUUAAGGAAUGA